UCAGCGAGGGGCGGGAGCGCAAACAACCCCGCGCGCGUAUAAAUGAAGCGUCUUGAGCUCAUGACGAACCACAGAAGAGCUCCGCUCACCUCGGGAAUACAUCUUCCAUUCUCCAAGGAAUACCAGACCUGACAAUGCUGCACAUUGCCAUGUUCUCUACCGCGUGCCUCAUUCUUGUGGGCUGCAUCAAAGCGACAUCCACCGGUUCUGUGGUGCUCAACUCCAAUGCUAUUAAGGUCGGUUCAGGUGCGGUGAGUCCCGGUCACCCGGUCAGCCCGAGUCCGGAGGAGUCACCUGCGGACAGCGGCAGUCUGAACUUCGCCAUCGAUUCAGUGCAGCCUUUAAUCUGCGAGAGUGAUGAGGAAUGCGGUGGCGACGAGUUCUGCUUCCUGUCUCGAGGUGUCUGUCUCCAGUGCAAGAAGCGCAGGAAGCGCUGCAUCCGGGAUGCGAUUUGCUGCCCUGGCAACCACUGCAGCAAUGGAGUUUGCAUUCCAAAUGAUCCUGACAUGAUCCACCAGAUUGGAAUGGAAGAGUUUGUGUCCAUCUCCCAAGAAAACUCAACUGUUGUGAUGCCACCAAAAGUUGCAACUCAAGGUUCACCACAAAACCAAAUGCUAAAAGGUAUAGAGGGAGAGAACUGCCUGAGAUCAUCAGAUUGUGCUGAGGGACUCUGCUGUGCCCGUCACUUUUGGUCCAAAAUCUGCAAGCCCGUCCUAAAAGAAGGUCAGGUCUGCACCAAGCACAAGAGGAAAGGCACCCAUGGCUUGGAGAUAUUCCAGCGUUGUGAUUGUGCAGAAGGUCUGUCCUGCAGAACGCAAAGAGACGGCAGCAAGUCAUCACGGAGUCUGCACACUUGCCAGAGACACUGAAUGAAUAUUCAAGGAAUUUUCUUUCACAAAGCUCCCAGAGAAGCAAAAAACAGACUUGAUCAGAGACGACAACGAGCGACUGAGGGGAAGCAGGACUUGGAAUGGGAUACUCUGUUUUUUUCUGUAAUUUUCUUGUGUCAACAUUGCAGAGUAGAUAUAAUUGUUUCUCAACGGAACUUAAAUCUUGCAGUAAAUUACUGUAUUAUACUGUAAAUAAUAUAAGGCAGUUGGCACUUAAUUCAGAUACUUUUGUCAACCCUGACAGUAGGUGCAUCAGUCUUUUGCUAGUCUUUAAUCUUAAAUGUGUAUACAUCUGGUUUUACAGUCAUAUAGAUCUGAUUUAAAUGUCUAUUUUAUUCUAAAUAAAGAUG